GCCCGGCUCUGCCCCUGACGCUCCCGGCUCGGGUUUCACACCCUCCCCCAGACUCGGGCCCUCGGUGUUGGCGGGAUCCGGGUCCGCCUCGGAGCCCCCACCAUGUCCAAGAUGCCGGCCAAGAAGAAAAGCUGCUUCCAGAUCACCAGUGUGACCACGGCGCAGGUGGCGAGCAGCAUCACCGAGGACACGGAGAGCCUGGACGACCCGGACGAGUCCCACACCGAGGACGUGUCGUCCGAGAUCUUCGACGUCUCCCGGGCCACGGAUUACGGCCCGGAGGAGGUGUGCGAGCGCAGCUCUUCCGAAGAGACCCUCAACAACGUGGGCGACGCCGAGACCCCCGGCACCGUCUCGCCCAACCUCCUCCUGGACGGGCAGUUGGCCGCGGCGGCGGCGGCGGCGGCCAACGGGGGCGGAGCUGUUAACCCCCGGAACGCGGCCGUCCCCCCGGGGCCUGCGGCCGCCGCCCCCCAGGUGUCCGCCUCGGCCGUGGGGCUGGUCAGCGGGGCCGCGGCGCAGGCAACCGCCGCCUGUAGUUCCCGCUUUCGGGUCAUCAAGCUGGACCACGGUUCCGGGGAGCCCUAUAGACGCGGGCGAUGGACGUGUAUGGAGUACUAUGACCGGGACUCGGACAGCGCCGUGCUCAGCAGGACCGGGGACUGCAUUAGGCACAGCACCACCUUCGAGCCCAGUGCCGAGAGGGACAGCGGCCUGGGCGCCACCGGGGGCUCCGUGGUGGUGGUGUCGGCCGCGCAGGUCACGCAGGGCUCCGACCCUGGCGGCGACGGUUCCCUGACCGCCGUGUCCCAGGCGCUGCAGACGGAGAAGGCGCCCCCCCCGCCCGCUCCCCAGCCCCAGUCCCAGCAGUUCGUGGUCGGGCAGCAGCAGCAGCCGCAGCCGCCCGUAGGUGGGGCUGUGCCCCCGAGCCCGGCCCAGCCGCUCUACUCCAGCCCGGCCGCGGGGCCCCCGCAGCAGAGCGCAUCCCCCGGGACGGCGCCCACCGUCGUCUCGGUGGGACACAAUGGGAAAGGCCCGCAGCAGGUGCAGCCCACCGGGGCGCCGGGGACCCCGCCCCAGCCGUUUGCUGCUUAUCCCCAGCCUCCCAUGGCUGCUGGGCAUCUGCUGCCAGCCCAGCCUUCUGGCCAGACCGACUACGUGCAGCACAUGGCAGCGAUUCAGUCCCAAGGAACUGUUCAGCAAGCUAGCACGGCCUCUGUUAGCAGCGCUGGGACGUCUAGUCUUCCUGUGGGUCAGGGCAGCGGCCAGAAUGCCCCCUCCGUGGGAGCACAUUUGGUGGGAGGACCCUCCCAGUCUGGAGAAGCCGGUGGCCCGGCCAUGUGCAGUCAGGCUGCCAUCCCGCAGCCCGGGGCUGGGGUGCCCCCCAAAUCUGUGACUCAGCUUCCAAUGGGCGGCAGCAGCCAAGGGGCAGCAGUGCCUAGUGGCCCGCUCUCCAUGGUCCCCGGAGGUGCGAGCGUGCCCGCGGCCGUGCCAGGCCCCAGUGUGCCUAGUGUGUCUACUACUUCUGUUACUAUGCCAAAUGUCCCUGUUACUCUAGUCCAGUCCCAGCUGAGCGGCAGCCACACUUCAGGCAGCAGAAGUUCCAGCGGACUUCCCUUGAUGCCAGGCACAUCCAGUGUUCCAGCCAGUCUGCCGCAGGCCAAUCUAAGCCAGUUUCAGACUCAGACACAGCCUCUAGCCGGACACGUUGAUGAGACUAGAAGAAAAUCAGAACCCCUACCUCAACCACCGCUUUCUCUCAUUGCUGAAAAUAAACCUCUUGUGAAGCCUCCCAUUCAGGAUGCCCUCGCAAAUCCCCUUUUGCCCGCAACGACUCCUAUGAACAGUCUGGCCAGCUCUGUCUUCGGUAUUUCCAUUCCUGUCGAUGGCGAUGAAGAUAGGAAUCCUUCAACUGCUUUCUACCAAGCGUUCCAUUUGAACAAGUUACAGGAAUCAAAGACCCUCUGGGAUAGUGCAUCUGGGGCAAGCGUCGUAGCCAUUGACAACAAAAUAGAGCAGGCCAUGGAUCUGGUGAAAAGCCAUUUGAUGUAUGCAGUAAGAGAAGAGGUAGAAGUGCUGAAGGAACAAAUAAAAGAAUUAGUUGAAAGAAACUCUUUACUUGAACGAGAGAACGCACUGUUAAAAUCUCUUUCAAACAAUGAUCAAUUAUCCCAGCUGUCCACCCACCAGGCCGAUCCUCGUAGCACUUCCCAGCAGCAGACAGCGAUAGCACAGCCUCCUCAGCCAGCGCAGCCUCCACAGCCGCCGAAUGUGUCCUCAGCGUGAAGCUUGCUUGCUCGCCUAAGACAGACCUGAAAGCAGCCUGUCCCGGGGUGCCACUGGCGUUCUCUCCACUUUAUAUGAAAGCAAGUAGCCACGCGUGUGUUUGGCCUUUUCAGUAUUAGACAAUCAUCCUCCAAGAGCUAGUCCUCACCUUGAGAUGUGUGCCCCAUAGUUGCUGUCAUCAAGACCCGAGGAAAGUCAUAGAUGAGGGUUAGUAAAGCCGGGAAAGUAAAGCCUGUGACCUGGUGCGCAUGAGGGGGCGGGGUCUUUAAGAGCUUGGGUGGCGCUCAGUCUCCUAUCGUCCGUGGAUUACCUUGAGCCUUCCUGUCUUGUUAGAAGUAACAUUUGCCUACGUUAGUUUUCAUUUCUUUGUGUUUUAUUUAUUACAGGGCUGCUAUUUUCAUAAUGUACAUGAACAAUGUCACAGAACUUUUUCUUAAUUUUUAAAAAAAAUAAAUGUAAGUAUCAGUAAAGGAAUUGAUAGACGGGAUUGCAUUUACUAGAUAAAACAUUUAGGCAAUAAUUGAACAAAAGAAUCCUGGCAUAUUUCUAACACUAAUGGCAAUUUAUCUUUGGUAUUUAUUUUCAGUAGUAAAGACCCAGCUUGAAUGUAAAUUUUGUAUAGUGUAAGUAUGAAGACCAUAGUGCAUCUGUACAGGUAGUCACCAGUUAUUGUGAUAUAAUAAAUAAUUGAUGGGCUAUUUUGAUGAAGAAAACUUUGCUCAUUUCUGUUUCUACUAUCUAUAGAGAAAUUGCCAUGAUUCCUCUGCUUUCAACAUUUCGUAUGACCUUUUUUUUUUUUUUGGGUGGGAAUAAAAAGCUGUGAAAUUGUUCAACCUACUUUGUAACCAAAGAAGCAAAGCUGUGUAAUGGAGUUUUUUUUUAUAAUGCACAUUCUUUAUGUAUUUUUAUUUAGUGUUUUCUCAUUCACAAUUUUCUUUGCUGUCUAGCAUGAUCUGCAUGACCUGUAAUCUUUGAACCACUUUCGUACCUCAUGUUUUUAUCCAGCACUCUUAUUGUAAUAUGUAUUAGUCUGUGAACAAUGUCAAAGAAGAAGAACGAACAGCUGGUGUGGGUGGAGCUGAGCUAGUGUACUGUGCACUAGGAGAAAAUGAAGUGAGCCAUCUUUUGUUCAUUUAAAAUGGUGUUUUGAAUUUCGUAUGCAGAAACGUUUUGUUACAUUGCAGAUUUUAAUGUAUUUAAUAAAUGCAACAUGCAGAUUAAGUGCAGUGUAUACUGAGUAUUUAAAUUAAAAAUGUACAUUUCAUAAAAUACAGUUUCAAGAGAAAGCAUCAUUUUGUGUAUACUAACACAUUAAGUGUAUGUCAGAAAUUGAUGUAUAAAUAUAUAUAUAUUUUAACACUUUUUCUGAAAUUAAACUGCAGUUUUGUUGAAA